AUGUCGAAAUCCAAGCCAAGUUCUGAUGUGCGUAGAAGACGCAUCGGGCUUUUGUUUUUGUUUUUGAGUGUUUGUUCUUCGUUCUAUCUUUUCAAAACAAACACCAAUCAAACCACCCAUGUUUCGCUAACAAAUCUUGUAACCCACAUUCUCUCAAAAGAAUUCGCGAAUUCAAACGUUGUUUUAUCCCCGCUUUCAAUCCAAUUAGUCCUGGGUUUGAUAGCAGCCGGAUCCGAAGGCCAAACACUCGACCAGUUGCUCUCGUUACUUGAAGUAAACACCAUCGAGGAACUCAACGCUCUUUCUUCACAGCUUGUGUCCUCGAUCAUGACUGAUGCUAGCAAAAGUGGUGGACCUCGUUUGGCAUUUGUAAACGGAGUUUGGGUUGAUCAAACUAUUAGUCUUAAAGAUUCUUUCAAACAGGUUGUGGGCACUGUUUAUAAGGCCAUUACUAAGCAAGUCGAUUUCCAGUCCAAGGCUGAUGAGGUAACCGAAGAAGUAAAUCUGUGGGCCAAAAAUCAUACCAAUAGCCUUAUCGAAAAAAUGCUGCCUCCUGAUGCCGUUGAUAGAUAUACGAGACUCAUCUUAGCAAAUGCACUUUAUUUCAAAGGAGUCUGGAAGGAGAAGUUUGAUCCGUCAUUGACGAUAGAACACGACUUCCACCUCCUCGACGGAAGCAAAGUGCAAGUACCCUUUAUGACCACCAUGAAAGAUCAACUUGUGGGUGAAUAUGAUGGUUUCAAAGUCUUGGGUCUUCCCUACGUACACGGAGAAGAUAAACGUCAUUUUACAAUGUAUAUCUAUCUCCCAGAUAAGAAUGAUGGCCUCUCAUCUUUGAUACAGAAAAUAAAUUCAGAGUCUGGUUUCCUGGAAUCUCAUAUUCCUCUUGGAAAAGUAGAAAUAAGGAAGUUUUUGGUCCCUAAGUUCAAGAUCUCAUCUGGGUUUGAAGUUUCUGAUAGUUUGAAGGAAUUAGGUGUUGUAUUGCCAUUCAAAGAUGGAAGCCUAACCAAAAUGGUGGAACCACCCAAUCCAGAGCUUUUUGUGUCCGGCAUUCACCAGAAAUCGUUUGUGGAGAUAAAUGAAGAAGGUACGGAAGCUGCAGCUAUCACAUAUUCUACAGUAAUGGCUAAGUCUGCGAGGUUUACAUAUCCUGACUUUGUGGCAGAUCAUCCAUUUUUGUUUGUAAUUAGAGAAGAUACAACAGGCGCCGUGCUGCUUAUGGGACAGAUCGCUGACCCAAGUGUUGUUUCUGUUUGAUGGGGUUGUUAAUGUCUUAGUACAGCUUUACUUCAAAUGCCCUAUGUUAUUAGUAUUUUAA